ACGACAGAAGCGCAUGCGUGCAGAGAGUGGGGCAGCUAAUUAAACCUCUGCAUUCAGAUGGACCACACGAGGUUAACAAUGACCCCACACCAGGCCACUGGAUAGAAUAUGUCACAGUGUGGAAUGGAGCAAAGGCUGCUGACCAAACAACCUUUCACAUGGUGAUUUAACUCGGGAGUUAAAAAAGUUACACCCUGCAUCACAGUUUGACACCAUGGUCGCUGAUGACACAGCAGGAAGUGGGGACAAAUCAGAGGCGGAAAAAGAGAUGGACUUGAAGGAAAAUGGAGACGUGGAGAUGGUCGUCCCUGCUUCCAAAUGCCCUUCUCCCUCUGAGGGUCCCACAGAGGCAGCCGUAGAGCCAAGGAAGUGGAAGUGGGCUGUAAUAUUCCUGUGUUUCUUUGGGUUUAUGUCAUCGAUGAAGCCUGGGGAGCCUUUCAUUACACCAUAUCUACUCAGUACUGAGAAAAACUUCACAAGGCAAGAGGUGACCAAUGAGAUCACUCCUGUGCUGACAUACUCCUACAUGGUGGUGCUGGUGCCGGCCUUCCUGCUGACAGACUUCCUGCGCUACAAGCCGGUCCUGGUCACCCAGGGCGUCAGUCAGGUGGUCAUCUGGCUCAUCCUGCUGCUGGGCAACACCCUCUUACAGAUGCAGUUCAUGGAGUUUUUCUACGGCAUCACCAUGGCGUGCCGCGUGGCGUACUCAUCCUACAUCUUCUCGCUUGUCAGCCCCUCUCUCUACCAGCGAGUGGCGGGAUACUCGCGCACCGCCAUCCUCCUGGGGGUGUUCACCAGCUCGGUGCUGGGACAGUUAUUCAUUUCUGUCGGCCACAUGAGCUUCUACACCCUCAACGCCAUAUCUCUGGGCUUCGUCAGCUUUGGUCUGACGCUGUCUAUGUGCCUCCCCUGGCCUAAACGCUCCCUGUUCUUCAACCGGACGCAGAAUCAGGAACAAAACGAAGUGGCGGCAAAGUCAGAACUUGACGUCAUGAACCCGAAAGGGAAACCCGCGUCACGCUGGAGGAAUUCUGUGUUGCUGCAGAUGCUGCUGGAGCUCAGAAAUGUGGUGAGGAUUCCCAACCUGAGGCUCUGGUCCCUGUGGUGGAUCUUCAACUCCACCGGGUACUACCUUGUCCUGUUCUACGUUCACAUCCUGUGGAACAAAGUCUACCCAGCAACGGAGAACAAGCACAUUUACAACGGGGGAGUGGAGGCGGCUUCUACCCUGCUCAGUGCAAUCACCUCCUGCGCCGCCGGCUUUGUGAAGAUCCGCUGGAACGUGUGGUCCGAGCUGGUGAUCGGCGUCAUCACAGCGCUGCAGGCGGCUCUGCUGCUGCUCAUGGGAACCACAGACAACAUCUGGGUCUGCUACACCGCCUACGUCCUCUUCAGAGGCUUCUACCAGUGCCUGGUGCCCAUUGCCACUUUCCAGAUAGCCUCGUCACUCACCAAGGAGCUGUGUGCCUUAGUGUUUGGCAUCAACACGUUUUUCGGGACCAUACUGAAGAGCAUCAUCAACCUCAUAUUUUCAGACAAGAGAGGCCUGGGGCUGGACGUGCACUCUCAGUUCCUGGUGUACUUCAUUUACUUCACCAUCCUCACCGUUGUCUACCUGGUGUGCGCCGCUGUGGUCAUCUGCCGUCACUAUCGAAACGAGGCCAGGGAAGGGGGCGGAGCCGAAAAACAGGCCGCACCCACAGAGCUCAGCCCGGUGACCACGGAAUCAGAGGUAGAACCUUUAUCUAACGGGAACAGUGUCAAAGCUUAGCGACAGGAAGGGUUUUAUCAGUUUUUACUGGGUCAUUUUAAGCCUCUGAUGUCCACAGAGGAGGUAAAAGUGUGUCUUAAUCAAGUGCCUUGGGGAAUCUUUUUGUAACUGAAAAGAGUCACUUUUUAAUUUUAUACCAAUGUGGUACUUUGCUUUCAUACAGAGCUCAGAUCUUGAACACAGGGCCAUUUCUGUUCUUCUUACAGGAUGCUGACCUGUACUGUUUCACUGAUGUAAAACGCUGCGUCACGAUUACUAUGUGAUCACCUAGUAUAUUACUCUAAAACAGCCUUGCAUUAAACACUCCUAUCAUAACUGACGUUACAAAUAAAUGCGCCAUUUUGGAUCAUUUUGGGAUAUUUCUGAAUAAGAUACAGUUUUGAAUUCUGUUUUUAAAAUCACAUUUCACAUCAUCUUCUGAUAAUCAGUUUAUUUGAAGCUGCAGAUUUGAUGUAGCAUGUUAUAUAGUGUGAUUGAAUGAUUAUAUUGAAUGUUAUGGACAAUAGGAGAACGUAGCAUUAGUUUUGCUACUUAUUUGCUCACUUUUGGUCCAAACCUGCAGGAAGCAGAACGUAGGAACACAGUGUUAUGUGAUGAAACAGGAACCACAGACAUUCAAUAGUUUUAUAAAAAAUGCUGAUUUGUGUCCCUUAUUUUAACACAAGGGAACCUUACACGACAGUGGUGUUUUGAGCUGUACUUGCAUACAGAAUGUAUAAUAAUUGUUGAUUGAAAUCAUUGCUGAAAUAUAUUGUGACUGUGAAUCUGUCCCACUGCUGUAAAGGAAAAACACUGACUUUAAUCAAAUGUUUAUUUUUUAGUCACAAAUAAAAUAACCUUUGGUGGAUAAAGAACA